GAGAAAAAAAAGGUUAAAAAGCCGCCAGUUCUUCACUACCACCCGCUUCGAAUCUACACCGCCACAACACAACACAACCAAGAUCCUUCAUUACCCUCUCUCGCUAUGCAUUUUCGCGCAUUCAUUCUAUUCCCUCCUUUGAACGCCUUCUUUUGAAUCUCUCUAAUCCUAAUCUCUCUCCUUAACUACUUUUUUAUAUUAUCUUUUUUCUCUUCCUUCCACGUGAUUUGCCAAUGGAUCUUUGUUCGCAUCUCUUCAUCACAUCUUGAAUCUGCAACUCCUCUUUCACACAGCAAAAUAGCAUCUUUUGAACAUUUAUUUUUGCUGCAAAAAAUGAACAUGUCUUUGCGUCUCAUAUGUCCUACAAGUGAAGCUAUGCAGUACAAAAAUGUAAAUCCUCUUCUGUCCAGACCCUCCUUCACAAGGGUUUCUUGUUUCAUGAAGAGAAAUGUAUGUAAUCGCUACGAUGGAAGAAACACGAGUGUGUAUUGCCAAUUGAUGCAUGACCAUUUAGAAGAAUCAUAUAAAAGAAAGAAAAAGCUAGAAUUGCCUCUACAGACGCAGGGUUUUGUGAGGACUUUGUUGAUUGAUAACUAUGACAGUUAUACAUACAAUAUAUACCAGGAACUAUCUGUUAUUAAUGGUGUCCCUCCUGUGGUGAUUCAAAAUGAUGAUUGGACGUGGGAAGAACUUUGCUAUUACUUGUACGAAGAAAAUGCAUUUGAUAACAUCGUAUUAUCACCUGGACCUGGCUCUCCGGCAUGCCCAGAAGAUAUAGGCAUUUGUCUUCAAAUAUUGCGUGAAUGCAGGGAUAUUCCUAUUCUGGGUGUUUGCCUUGGACACCAGGCAUUGGGUUAUGUGCAUGGAGCUCAAGUUGUCCAUGCAUCUGAACCAGUUCACGGGCGUCUGAGUGAAGUUGAGCACAAUGGAUGCCAACUUUUUCAGGGCAUACCUUCUGGUAGAAAUUCUGGUUUCAAGGUGGUUCGAUAUCAUUCGCUGGUGAUAGAUUCUGAAUCGCUUCCUGAAGUGCUCAUUCCAAUAGCAUGGACUUCAAGUAGGACACUUCCGUUUAUUGGAUCUGAGGUUUUGGACAAGUACAAUGGUCAUGAGCUUCAAACUGAUCAAAGCAUUUUCCUUGAUUCAUUAUUGCCUGAAGCAGGAAAUGGAAGUUCAAGCCUUGUUGAGUACGGACAAACUAGAAAUGCAAGGGUUCUUAUGGGAGUCAAGCAUUCUACAAGGCCACACUAUGGUGUGCAGUUUCAUCCAGAGAGUGUUGCAACCUGCCACGGAAGCCAAAUAUUCAAGAAUUUUAGAGAGAUUACAGAUGAUUAUUGGCUGAGAUGUAGGUCAUCAUACAACAAAGGAAAACAUGCUAAUUCUGAUGCACACGCGCAGGUUUCAAGUGCCAGUAGACUCUACAGACAUUUAGUACAUAAUAAUACUGAGGUGAACUACAAAAGUUUGAAGUUGAAAUGGAGGAAAUUUGAUCACUUGGCUGGGCAAGUUGGUGGCGCAAAAAGUAUAUUCUGUCAGUUGUUUGGACAGGAAGCUGAAAACACCUUUUGGUUGGAUAGUUCCUCCACAGAGAUGGGAAGAGCACGCUUUUCGUUCAUGGGAGGAAAAGGUGGAUCACUUUGGAAGCAGUUAACGUUCAGGUUGUCUGAUCAGAGUGAUGGGAGUUCAAAAGGUGGGGGUCAUUUGUCACUGGAAGAUUCUGAAGGUUGUGUCAAAACAAUAUUCUUGGAAGGAGGUUUUCUUGAUUAUUUGAACAAGGAGCUUCAAUCAUAUCGUUAUGAGAAGGAUGAAUAUGAAGGUCUACCAUUUGAUUUUCACGGUGGAUAUGUUGGUUACAUCGGGUAUGACCUCAAAGCUGAAUGUGGUGUCACAUGUAACCAUCACAAAUCUAAAACUCCAGAUGCAUGUUUUUUCUUUGCUGAUAAUCUUGUUGCUGUUGAUCACAAAUAUGAUGAUGUUUAUUUAUUGGCUAUACAUGAAGAAAGUUCAAGUAUUUCACAAUGGUUGGAUGAUACUGAGGAGAAGCUUCUGAGCUUAACUGGUUCUGUGAGGAUGGAUUUAGAAAGGCAGCACUCUCAUCCUUCAACUUUUUCCUCACAUAAGGCUGGUUUCGCAGCUGAAAAAUCUAAAGAGCAGUACAUUAGAGAUGUUAAGAAGUGUCUAAACUACAUUAGAGAUGGAGAGAGCUAUGAGUUGUGCCUCACAACCCAGAUAAGGAAACCGGUUGAGGUAUUAAAUUCUCUUGGACUUUACCUACAUUUGAGAGAAAGGAAUCCAGCACCUUAUGCGGCUUGGCUGAAUUUUCCAAAGGAAGAUCUGUGUAUUUGCUGUUCUUCCCCCGAGAGGUUCCUGCAGUUGGAUAGGAGUGAUAUGCUAGAAGCUAAGCCCAUUAAGGGUACUAUAGCUCGUGGUGCUACUGAAGAGGAAGACAAACAACUCAAAUUGAAAUUACAGCUCAGUGAAAAGGAUCAGGCAGAAAACCUGAUGAUUGUUGACCUUCUAAGAAAUGACCUUGGUCGUGUAUGUGAUCCUGGAUCUGUUGACGUACCGCAUCUCAUGGAAGUACAAUCAUAUGCAACUGUUCACACAAUGGUGAGUACAAUUCGUGGGAAAAAGAGGUCAGAUAUAAGUGCUGUAGACUGUGUCAAAGCUGCAUUUCCCGGUGGUUCGAUGACAGGCGCACCAAAGUUGAGAUCAAUGGAACUUCUUGAUUCUCUCGAAAGUUGUUCUCGAGGCAUCUACUCAGGCUGCAUUGGAUUUUUCUCAUAUAAUCAAACAUUUGAUCUAAAUAUUGUCAUAAGAACAGUUGUUAUACACGAGGGUGAAGCUUCCAUAGGAGCUGGAGGGGCAAUUGUAGCUCUGUCAAACCCGGAAGACGAAUAUGAAGAGAUGAUCUUGAAAACAAAAGCACCAGCAAACACUGUGAUAGAUUAUGAAUAGAGAGCAAUUAAUCAGACCAUUAAUUUUUUCCCUUUUGGCCCAUGGUCAGACAACAAUGAUUUGAUGCCUUUUGUCCUACUAAUCAAUCAUUUUAUAUUUUCACAUACAAAAUUACAAUGGAUCCUCAUCUUCCUGGAUAUGUUACGACUGAAGCUUUAUAGCAGCAGUUGCCCUUUACAGAAGGAAUGCAAAGGAUCCAAAAGAAUGGUGGUAUAGCAAGGAUAAAUUGUUUUGGGGCGAGGUUCCUUUUUCAACAGGAAGAUUUCUUUUAAAUUUUAUAGUGCGUGCUUACAAGCUUGAUCUGGUCUGUAAUAUAUGUUAAUAUUUAUUUAUGCAUAUGCUUGGCUGUAAUUUUGGCUUGCUGGGUUUUGUUUCUGGUUUUUCUAUACUGUAAUUUGUGUUGAAUGAAUUGCCAACAAUUUCUUUGUAAUUUGUGUUUAUUCAUUUCCUUGUGAAAUUGGUGACAUUUGUUCA